UUGUGGUUUUGGUGAUUUUUGGUGUUUGGAAUAUUCGGCAAACAUUUAUUUUUAUUUCUUGUAUUGAUCGUGAGAUUAGUGAAAAUGAAAAGUAUUUUCAUUCACUGAUAAUUAAUUUGCCAUCUGGGAAUAUAUUGUUUGUGAUCGGAGAGUAGCCCACAAGCGAAUGAGACAGACUAUGUGCACGGUACUCAAAAAUAUCGCAUAAACAUGUGCAGUGUCCGGUUAUUGAGUGAAUUUACUAUUUUACUGUGAUUGUGGUAGUACAAAUUACUUUAAAAUGAUGGCCACGAUGGCCGCCGGUGGCCCCGGCGAUCCGCAUACCCAAAUGAAUACCUACAGAAGCUAUGUUACCAUGUUAGCAGACCCUGGCGCUAAGGAUGAAAUCAAGCUCAAAGCAGCGCAGGAGCUUAGUGAAAAUUUCGAGGUCAUACUAAGUUCACCGCAGUAUCCACAAUUCUUAGAUCACUCGUUGAAAAUAUUUCUUAAAAUAUUGCAAGAAGGAGAACCACAUUUCAUUGCUGAGUAUAACAUUCAGCAAGUCAGGAAACUUAUCUUGGAAAUGAUCCAUCGUUUACCAAUAAGUGAGACUUUGCGACAGUAUGUCAAAAGCAUUCUCAUACUGAUGUUAAAAUUGAUGGAAAUUGAAAAUGAGGAAAAUGUUCUUGUUUGUUUAAAAAUUUUUAUGGAGCUUCACAAACAAUAUCGUCCAGCUUACAGUGCCGAUGUUGAUAUCCACAAGUUUCUGCAAUGGGUAAAAGGCAUUUAUUCAGAUUUGCCUAAUCAUUUACCAAAAAUAUUUGAGCCAAAGCCUACUAUACGAGUCAAAGAUUUAUCUGAAGUCAACAUUGAACAACUACUUCAAGAGACUUAUACUACGACUCCUAUACAUACUGAAAAGAAAUUAUUAGAUGGAAGUGUUGUAACUUACAACCUAAUUCCACGAUCUGUAUUAUCACUAAAAGUGAUUCAAGAGCUUCCGAUAAUAGUGGUACUAAUGUAUCAGUUGUAUAAGCAGAAUGUGCAUCAAGAAGUCAGCAACUUUAUUCCUCUCAUUAUGGAAACUAUAACUUUACAGCCAGCUGUCACACAUAGACAAUCUGCAUCAUUCAACAAAGAGGUAUUUGUGGAUUUUAUGGGGGCACAAAUAAAAACGCUAGCAUUUCUAGCUUACAUCAUCAGAAUAUACCAGGAGACUAUAGCAAAUCAUGCUAAUCUGAUGGUGAAGGGGAUUAUUGGCUUAUUGACUCUAUGUCCACCAGAAGUGGCACAUUUAAGGAAGGAGCUUGUUAUAGCAACAAGACAUAUUCUCGCAACAGACUUGAGGCUAAAAUUUGUGCCUUACAUGGAACGUUUAUUUGACGAAGAAGUAUUGUUGGGCGGUGGAUGGACAGUACACGAGUCGCUUCGCCCACUGGCUUAUUCAACAUUGGCAGACUUAGUUCACCAUGUUCGACAACACUUACCACUGACGGAUCUUGCUAUUGCUGCUCAUUUGUUCUCCAAAAAUGUGCAUGAUGAGUCUCUGCCUACGAGCAUCCAAACGAUGUCCUGUAAACUAUUGCUCAAUCUGGUGGAUUGCAUUCGGCAACGCUCGGAGAGCGAGGGUGCCGCGGCUGGCGCACAGCCUCAAGGCAGGCAACUGCUAAUGCGCAUCUUAGAAGUGUUUGUUUUGAAGUUCAAGACCAUUUCUAAACUUCAACUGCCUGCGCUAAUGACCAAGUGCAGCCACAGCCAGCCGUCUUCACCGGCUAUCGCCAGUGCCAACGGAACGACUCCUAGCACUCCGACAACGCCGGCGCCUUCCACGCCCGCUGUAGAGACCAAGUCAGAGGAAGAGAAGCCUGGUCCAGACUUCCUCGACAGCAUAACCAAGGCGGAGGAGAAGUCCAAGAUUGGAUUUCCUUCGUCGCAAAUGAGCAACCUGAACGUGGGCGAUUAUAGGACACUUGUGAAGACGCUCGUUUGUGGAGUAAAGACUAUUACUUGGGGUUGCGCAUCAUGCAAACAAACUACCACCACAAGUGAGGGCACGACGACGACGACUAUCACCGGGCAGAAGCAGUUCAGUGCGCGUGAGACGCUAGUGUUCAUUCGACUCGUACGCUGGGGGCUGCAGUCGCUGGACAUCUACACGCUAGCCGCUCCCCGCGCGCCCGUGCAGCCGCCUGCUCAGCCACACGUGCGCUCUAAAGAGGAGAAAGAGGUUUUGGAGCACUUUAGUGGAGUUUUUUCCAUGAUGAAUCCUCAGACGUUCCAAGAAAUAUUCACAGCUACGAUAUCCCAUAUGGUGGAACGAAUCAAUAAGAACAUGACCUUACAAAUAAUUGCAAAUACGUUUUUAUCAAACCCAGCUACUUCUCCAAUAUUCGCUACGGUUUUAGUGGAGUACCUUUUGAAACGAAUGGAAGAAAUGGGCACAAAUGUUGAGAGAUCCAAUUUGUAUUUGAGGCUAUUCAAAUUGGUGUUUGGUUCAGUGAGUCUGUUUCCGACUGAAAAUGAGCAAAUGCUGCGCCCGCAUUUACACAGCAUUGUAAAUAAAGCAAUGGAUUAUGCGAUGACCGCUAAAGAGCCUUACAACUAUUUCCUGCUUCUUAGAGCUCUGUUUCGCUCAAUCGGCGGAGGCAGUCAUGACUUACUCUAUCAAGAAUUUUUGCCAUUACUACCAAACCUUUUAGAGGGUUUGAACAGACUUCAGAGUGGCCUUCACAAACAACACAUGAAAGAUUUAUUUGUCGAGUUGUGUUUGACAGUACCCGUAAGACUGAGCAGUCUAUUGCCUUAUUUACCGAUGUUGAUGGACCCCUUAGUAUCAGCUUUGAAUGGCUCACACACUUUAAUUUCUCAAGGCCUCCGUACACUCGAACUUUGUGUGGACAACUUGCAGCCUGACUUUUUGUAUGAACACAUUCAGCCUGUUCGAGCUGAUCUGAUGCAAGCUCUUUGGAGAACUCUACAAAACAAUGAAGUGGCAAGGAUCGCCUUUAGAGUUCUAGGAAAGUUCGGUGGUGGCAAUCGCAAGAUGAUGAUUGAGCCACAGAGUUUAGAAUAUCGAGAAACUGACGCGCCGCCUCCUGCGGUACAGGCCUAUUUCCAAGACCAGCCCAAACCUUUAGAUUUCGAAGUAGACAAAGUUAUAGACACGGCAUUCUCUGCGUUAAAGUCUAGCACAACUGACCCGUUUUAUAGACGUCAGUGUUGGGAGGUUCUUCGGUGCUACUUAGCUUCUUCGCUCAAUUUAGACGAUGACAGACCGACGCUAAUGAAGCUGUUCAAUCAUCCGAGCUUCGUUGAAGGCAAAAUUCAUGUGCAAAACGGGCCCUACUACAAAUGUAGCAACAAUAUUGUGCGAAACACUCAUCGCACCGCUUUGACUGGGAUGUUUGUGGCCGCGGCAAUCAAAGAGUUGCGGCAUCACGUGCUGCCCACUAUGGUGUCAUUAGUGCGCCAUUACACAAUGGUAGCUAUAGCCCAAGAAGCCGGGCCGUUCGCCGGCACCGGCGGGCCUAAGGAGGGGCUGGAUGCGUUGGUCCUCGUGGAUGCUAUCGCUGUUGUGAUGGGGCACGAAGAGAAGGAGCUGUGUAAACCGGGUCACCUCGCGCUCGUGUUAAUGAUAGAGACAGCAGCUACAGUGCUGGGCAGCAAAGAGCGGGCGUGUCGCUUACCGCUCAUGGAGUAUUUGGCCGAACGCAUGUCCGCCCUCUGUUACGAGCGAGCCUGGUACGCUAAGCUGGGCGGAUGUAUCGCCGUCAAAUUCAUGGUCGAGAAGAUGGCGCCCGAAUGGGUGUACAAACACAUAUUUACGUUUUUGAAAGCCGUCCUGUUCGUGAUGAUGGACUUGACGGGUGAAGUGUCUUCAGGUGCUAUUGAUAUGGCUACUGUGAACCUGGAGAGGUUGGUUCGCGUGUGCGUGACGGGUCCUGCGGUGGUGUCCUCGGAACCCUCGGAAGGCGAAGUGGCCGCUGCGAAGGCUCGGGCAUUGCACGAUGUGCUACAAGAACUUGUCCUCCAAGUCACUAGUCCACAUCUACUUGUUAGACAACAGGCCAUGAAAUCCCUGGAAUUAAUAGCCGAACUCCAAAAUAAGACAGUUACAGAGGUAAUGGAUCCUCACAGGGAAGUUCUAGCUGAUAUCAUUCCGCCUAAAAAACAUUUACUACGACAUCAACCAGCUAACGCCCAAAUGGGCUUGAUGGAUGGAACUACAUUCUGUACAACUCUAAAACCAAGGCUGUUUACGAUUGAUUUGAACAUCAACGAGCACAAAGUAUUUUUCCGCGAGUUGCUCUCAUUGUGUGAGGCCGAAGACGCCAUGCUAGGCAAGCUGCCGUGCUAUAAGGGCGUUAACUUGGUACCGCUCAGAGCGUCGGCCCUUAAAGCUCUGGCAGCCUGUCACUAUAUCCAAGAGAAGCACUGCAGGGAAAAGAUAUUCCAAGUGCUAUACAAAUCACUCGAAAAGAAUGACCAAGAAUUACAACAAGCCGGUUUCGAAUGUAUGCAAAAGUUCCUAUCCGGAUUCCAAAUUGACAUGGAAAUGGUCCAUCCUGUUAUGAGACCGUUGCUACUGACGCUUGGUGACCAUCGCAACCUGAGUGUAAAUGGCGCCAAGAGACUUUCGUACUUAACGCAACUGUUUCCGUCUACGUUCAGCGAAAAAUUGUGUGAACAGCUGUUGCAAUUGCUCAAAAAAUUACUCGAUUACUCCAUACAAACUAACCGAGGGGGCAACUUCCUUCAGAGUGUUUCGAAGAACAUGGAGAACGAACAGAAGAUCAUAAUUCUGAUCGGCAUAUUCCACCAGAUACCGGCGGCGUCUCCGCGCUUCAUCGAUGUUCUGUGUCGGUUAAUCUUCCAUACUGAAAAGUCACUGAUGAUCGAAGCUGGCUCGCCAUUCAGGGAGCCACUCGUCAAAUUCCUCCUAAGAUACCCAAAGGAGACGCUAGACCUGAUCCUAAGCGACAACAACAUCAAGGACCAGCAGUGGAGCCGCUUCCUCGUGUUCCUGGUGAAACAUGCCGACGCCGGCGCCGCGUACCGGGAAGCGCUGCAGACUGCCAAGAAGCCGCGGCUGAUGCAGCUGCUAGCUGCUAACAGUGGCGCAGCGCCCACGCUGCCACAGGCCGACCGCGCCGAAAUGCAGUUCCAGGCGAUCAGAGUGGUGUCACUGCUGAUCAAGUACGACGAGCAAUGGCUGUCCACGCAGCAUGACUUGAUCGAGCUCAUCAAACGGAUAUGGUGCAGCGAUCAGUAUCAUGAGGUACAUAAGAAAGUCGAAAACGUUGACUGCACGCACUGGAAGGAACCUAAGCUGAUAGUGAAGAUAUUACUCCACUACUUCUGCCACCAUCCAUCUAGCAUCGAUUUGUUGUUCCAAUUGCUGCGAGCUUUGUGUGACCGGUUCAUUCCAGACUUCCAGUUUUUGCGUGACUUCCUGGAAAACACCGUGGCCCAAAAUUACACUGUAGAAUGGAAACGUACGGCGUUCUUCCGCUUCGUGGAGCAUUUCUCGAGUGAUGCCAUGUCGCAGGAUCUGAAAGCGAAGGUGCUGCAGAUGAUCCUCAUCCCGUGUUUCGCGGUGAGCUUUGAGAAGGGCCAGAAGAUAGUGGGCGGCCCGCCGGCCCCGUAUCAGGACAACCCUGACAACGUAGUCUCCGUGUUUAUAAACAAUGUGAUAGACCCAGAAAACCCGUUCGCAUGCUCGGACGCGGUCCGCAUAUCCCUCCUGCAGUUUGCCUGCUUAUUGCUGGAGCAAGCGUCGGCGCACAUCCACGACGCCAACAACAAGAAGCAAGGCAACAAGCUGAGGCGCCUCAUGACCUUCGCGUGGCCGUGUCUGCUCGGGAAGAACUACGUUGAUCCUGCUACUAGGUAUCACGGACACUUACUGCUAAGUCACAUAAUCGCCAAAUUCGCUAUACACAAGCGGAUCGUUUUACAAGUAUUCCACAGUCUAUUGAAGGCGCACGCUGUGGAAGCGCGCUCUGUGGUGCGGCAGGCGCUAGAGAUCCUCACGCCGGCCAUGCCACAGCGAAUGGAGGACGGCAACACCAUGCUCACGCACUGGACCAAGAAGAUCAUCGUCGAGGACGGCCACUCCGUCCAGCAGCUGUUCCAUAUCCUGCAGCUGGUCGUGCGACACUACAAGGUUUACUACCCAGUGCGUCACGCACUCGUGGGCCAUAUGGUGGCCGCGAUGCAACGCCUGGGCUUCUCGGCCACAGCGUCGCUGGAGCACCGACGACUGGCGGUGGACUUAGCCGAGGUUGCGCUCAAGUGGGAGCUACAGAGAGUCCGCGAUCACACGCACACAGACACCGUGGUAUGUAAACGAAGUGAUAUAAUCGUGUCUCCAUUUGAGUUUUUUAUUUCAAAUGGAAAAAAGAAAGACAUACUUUCACGGACCACGCUGUCGCGGCGCUGCGUUAUGCUGCUCAAGGCCGCGCUCAAGCCCGACGUGUGGCCGCACCACUGCGAGCCCAAGCUGGCCUGGCUGGACAAGGUGUUCUCAACGGCCGAAAGCAACGCAGCAGCUUGCGCGAACGCGUGUACUGCUCUCGAACUACUUGCCUUCCUACUGGGAGUAUUGCGGCGCGAGCAAAUAUUAGCAGCAUUGAAGCCUCUGCAACGCGGGCUGGCGGCUUGCGUGUCGUCUGCCAACGCCAAGAUCGUGCGUCUUACGCAUAACCUGCUGGCUAAGCUUACCUCGUUGUUCCCCACGGAGCCUUCCGGAGCUGCGCAGGCCUCCAAGUACGAAGAACUAGAGACGCUAUACGCGUGCGUCAGCAAGUACGCGUUCGAAGGCCUCGCAACUUACGAGAAGUCGGCCGCCGGCGGCGGCGCCGGCGCUCUGCUGGGGCCGCUCAUGAUGCUCAAGGCGUGCUGCUCCUCCAACCCUGCCUACAUCGACCGCUUACUACUGCCUCUUAUGAGAGUCCUACAGCGGAUGGCUCGGGACCAUGUCGCGCCUAAUCCAGAUACGGCUACGUCGGAUUUACUGAUACUGGCGUUAGAUCUGCUAAAAGCGCGCGUAUGUAUCAUGCCUACUGACACUAGAAAAACAUUCAUUGGUGCUGUACUCGUGGGGCUUAUUGAAAAAACUACCGAUGCGAAGGUGAUGAAAGCAAUCACGCGCAUGGUAGAAGAAUGGGUAAAGAAAUACCACCACAUGACAUUGACGAGCGCCGCGGCGGCGGCCGGGCAGGCGGGCCCUACUCUGCGCGAGAAGUCCAUACUUCUCGUGAAACUCAUGCAGUAUGUAGAGAAACGCUUCCCCGAUGAUUUAGAGCUGAACGCACAUUUCUUGGAUAUCAUCAAUCACGUAUAUAGAGACGAACAUCUAAGAAUAUCCGAGCUGUCAAUGAAGCUGGAGCCUGCGUUUUUGGCGGGGUUGCGCUGUCCGCAGCCGCACAUCCGCGCCAAAUUCUUCGAGGUGUACGACCAGAGCGUGCGCCGGCGCAUCUUCGACCGAUUGCUGUAUAUCAUCUGCUCGCAGAACUGGGAACAUAUCGGCCAGCAUUUUUGGAUAAAGCAGUGCCUUGAGCUGCUCUUGGUUACUUGUGUUUCGAGUACACAAAUCCGUCUCUCGAAUACCAAGUAUCUACUGCCUAACAUAGCCGCAGUGAUCAACUGGGCGGACAGCGAGGAGCGCAAGUCCUUUGUUGUUUUCAGUUCCGUUAAGGAGGAGUCGUCAGACGGUUUCACUGACUCUAUGGAUCCCGACAAAGAUGAUGUACUAGAUAUGGACCUCGAUUCUAACUCCAAUCAAAAAGAAGACGUCACCAAAAAUGCCCCAAACAGACAACGAGCCCUAACCCAGAUAAUUAACAAGCAGUCCGAGUUUUUGGAGCUGGCGCGGCGGGUUCGCACGGAGCAGCUAGUUGUGGCCGCGGCGCAGCUGUGCCACAUGGACGACCAACUGGCGCACCACACGUGGCUGAGACUGUUCCCUCGGCUUUGGAACACGUUGGACGAAAGACAACUGGGGACGGUCAUGAACGAAAUCGUGCCAUUCAUCAUAUCUGGCGUUCACGUGGGCCAAAGAGAUCAACCUCUCAGCGCACUCAAUACAUUCAUCGAAGCGCUAGCCAGGUGCAACCCACCGAUUACCAUCAAACCGCCAAUGAUGAAGUAUUUGGGCAAGACACACAACCUAUGGCACCGCAUGACAUUGAACCUGGAGCAAAUGGCCAUUGAUCAGACCGGCAGCAGCCGGGUGCCGCGGGAGGCUCUGGUCUACGACUUUGAUGUUGAAUCGACCACGCCCACCGAAAUACUUGAUUCAUUGAGCGACAUGUAUGAACUAUUACAAGAAGAAGACAUGUGGUCAGGACUAUGGCAAAAGCACGCACGUUACCGCGAGACCAAUGUUGCUAUUGCGUAUGAGCAACAAGGAUUCUUUGAGCAAGCACAGGCUGCCUAUGACAUCGCAAUGGCCAAAUUAAAACAAGACUACACAAGCAACCCAGCCUCUUACACCAUGCACAAGGAGUGCACCCUCUGGACUCAGCACUGGCUCAAGUGCGCCAAGGAGCUGAACCAGUGGGACUCAUUGCUGGAGUUGGGACUCACCAGAAGUUCCCGGGACCCUUUCCUGAUCCUGGAAAGUUCCUGGAGGAAUCCAAACUGGCCGACAAUGAAAGACGCACUCGCUGAAGUAGAGUACAACUGUCCUAAGGAAUUAACGUGGCUAGUGAACUUGUACCGCGGCUACCUGUGCAUCUGCGCCGGCGGCGAGCAGCAGCUGAGCGGCGUGGAGAGACACGCGGAGGCGGCGGCGGCGCAGUGCCUGCGCGAGUGGCGCCGCCUGCCGCGCGUGGUGUCGCACGCGCACCUGCCGCUCCUGCGCGCCGCGCAGCAGCUCAUGGAGCUCAGCGAGGCCGCGCAGAUACACACGGGCCUCCUACACAGCCGCCCCACGUCUCUACACGACAUGAAAGCAAUAGUGAAGACAUGGCGCAACCGUCUGCCCGUCGUGGCGGACCCGCUGUCGCACUGGGGCGCCAUUUUUACGUGGCGCCAGCACCACUAUCAGUUCAUCGCUUCCCACUACGACUCGCAGACAGAACACGGGUCUAAUCAUAGUAUGUUGGGGGUCCACGCGAGUGCACAGGCGAUUAUUCAUUUCGCGAAGAUAGCAAGAAAACACAACUUAUCGGGCGUAUGCCUCGAUUCCCUCCAUCGUAUCUACACCAUACCUAGCGUCCCUAUCGUGGACUGCUUCCAGAAGAUUCGGCAGCAAGUGAAAUGCCACAUUCAGAUGUCCUGGACCGAAGGAAAGGAAGAGUUGCAGGAGGGCUUGGACAUGAUUGAGUCAACGAACUUCAAAUACUUCACGAAAGAAAUGACAGCGGAGUUUUACGCGUUCAAGGGGUUAUUGUUGGCUCAAUUGGGUCGGUCAGAGGACGCUAAUAAAGCGUUUGCAGCGGCCGUCCAACUACACGAUACUCUGGUCAAGGCGUGGGCUCUUUGGGGUGACUAUUUGGAGCAGAUAUUCAUCAGGGACCCGCGCCAGACAACUGUGGGCGUUUCGGCCAUGACUUGCUUCUUGCACGCUUGCAGGCACCAGAACGAAUCUAAAUCGCGCAAGUAUUGUGCGAAGGUAUUGUGGAUGUUAAGUUUCGACGACGAAAAGAACAGUCUCGCUGAGGCACUAGACAAGUAUUCUGUGGGCGUGCCGCCCGUACAGUGGCUGCCCUGGAUCCCGCAGUUGCUCGCAUGUCUCGUGCAGUACGAUGGAAACGUGAUACUGAACUUGCUAAGCCAUGUUGGCAGAUUGUAUCCUCAGGCAGUUUACUUCCCCAUAAGAACGUUAUACCUAACGCUUAAAAUCGAACAACGUGAAAGACACAAGACCGCAGAAAACAUAGCGGCGCACUUACCACAUCAAACCACCACCUCAACCGGUACCAGCAAGGUGAGUGAGGCAGCAUCUUCGUCGAGCGGCGGCUCCACGGGCAGCGAGACGGGCUCCAUCAAGGCCACGCUGCCCAUGUGGCGCUGCUCGAAGAUAAUGCAGUUGCAGAGGGAGAUACACCCCACCGUGCUCUCGUCGCUAGAGGGCAUUGUAGAUCAGAUGGUAUGGUUCCGCGAGAACUGGUACGAGGAGGUGCUUCGACAGCUGCGUGCGGGCCUGGCCAAGUGCCACGUGGUGGCGUUCCACCACCGCGCCGCCGUUGCCGACGCUACCGUCACGCCGCACACGCUCAACUUCAUCAAGAAGGUCGUGUCCACGUUCGGCAUCGGCAUCGGAAUUAAAAGUGUUUCAAGUUCUGUAAGUGGUGCAUUCUCUUCAGCUGCAUCGGAGAGCCUGGCUCGCCGCGCUCAGGCCACUGUGCAGGACCCCGUCUUCCAGAAGAUGAAGACCCAGUUCACCGCCGACUUCGACUUUUCACAACCCAAUGCCAUGAAAUUACAAAAUCUCAUACAAAAACUAAGGAAAUGGGUCAAGAUUCUAGAGGCAAAAACAAAAGUUCUCCCCAAGUCAUUCCUCAUAGAAGAAAAGUGCCGAUUCCUGUCUAACUUCAGCUUAAAAACGGCCGAAGUGGAACUGCCGGGAGAGUUCCUACUCCCCAAGCAUACGCACUAUCACGUGAGGAUCGCGCGAUUCAUGCCGCGAGUGGAGAUCGUCCAGAAGCACAAUACGUCCGCUCGGCGGCUGUACAUUCGCGGGCACAAUGGAAAGAUAUACCCGUACCUCGUGGUCAACGACUCGGGGCUCGGCGACGCUAGGAGGGAAGAGCGCGUCCUGCAGUUGCUCAGGAUGCUCAACCACUACCUGGGCAAACAAAAGGAGACUUCCAGAAGAUUCCUGCACUUCACCGUACCGCGUGUCGUGUCCGUGUCACCGCAGAUGCGCCUCGUAGAAGACAACCCCAGCUCGAUAUCCCUACUAGAUAUUUAUCGCACGGAAUGUGUGAACAGGGGCGUGGAGUAUGACGCGCCAGUCGCGCGCUACUACGAGCGUUUGGCCGCGGUGCAGGCUCGCGGCACGCAGGCCUCACAUCAAGUGCUACGAGACAUCCUACGGGAGGUGCAAGCGACAAUGGUCCCUAAAGGCAUGGUGCGUGAGUGGGCGGCGGCGACCUUUGCCGCGCCCACCGACUACUGGACGUUCCGCAAGAUGCUGACGCUGCAACUGUCCCUGGCCAGCUUCGCCGAGUACGUGCUGCAUCUGACGCGGCUCAACCCUGACAUGAUGUAUGUCCAUCAAGACUCGGGGCUCCUCAACGUGUCUUACUUCAAGUUUGACGUCGACGAUACUACAGGAGAACUCGACGGGAACCGGCCGGUGCCGUUCCGCCUGACGCCGAACAUAUCUGAGCUGCUGACCUCCAUCGGCAUCACUGGUCCACUCACGGCUUCGGCCAUCUCAGUGGCCAGAUGUCUAGUCACACCCAACUUCAAGAUCCAAUCGAUACUCCGGACAAUAUUACGAGACGAGAUGAUGACCGGAUACAGAAAGCGGUUGGAGGACAAAACAGGGAUGCCCACUGCUGGCACGUCCACCGAAAACAAGCCCAUGGAGAUGGACAACGAUACGCUCAUAAACAUGGUGAACAAAGCCGUCACGCAGAUUAUGAACAGACUGAACUCUCUUGCCACGUUCGACGGCCCCGACAGCAAGGUGGCAACCCUGGUCACUGCCGCCAACAGCCACGACAACCUCUGCCGAAUGGACCCUGCGUGGCACCCCUGGCUCUAAACAUAAGUUCCUCCACUUGGAAGUGUCCACGUUAGUAUUAUUUUAUUUUAUUAUUAGCGACGUCGAUAAAGGACUCUUUUCAUGACAUAUAACUGAGUGAUGCGGAUGUGUAACAUAUAAUUUUACGUGACAUUUAUGUUUAAUAAUAAGAGUAAUUAAGGAACACAAUAAUAGGUAUUUUAAUAUCAUGACGACGCGCGCCACCAUUUUGAUGUUUAGUGGACUGAGAUAAUGAUAUAUGAUAUGUGUACUAGGUAAGUAUUUGUGAUAAAAAAACAUGCGAAAGCUAAAAUAGUGAAUGGUGUCCCGCGUCUCAUGAUAUCGAUCUGUACCGAAAUGAUUCUCGUAUAAAUUAGGCCUAGACUACGUCCACGUCCACUAAAAUGUACUGAAAGUGUAAAGGGCAUCGGAUAAUGUGAUUGUACUGAAGAUUAAAAUUUAAUAAUGA